AUGUUGAACGCGUUCCUCUACAGCGGGCAGAGUGUGAUGGAAUUCGUCAAUAUCGGGCGCGGCCAAACCUCCGGCCCCUGCAAGAAGGACCCUGAGGCGAAGGAGCGGGACGGACAACCUGAGCAAAUCCCAAACGAAGAUGAUCUGAUGGCCGCGCUGGCGGAGAGCAUGGAUGAGCUGACGGAUGCAAAGACCGUCGAAGAUGCAUUAGUGUACAAAGCGUUGGGAGCGGAGGCCUGA